AUGAUUCUUGUUUAUGACUACAUGUCUAAGGGAAUGCUGGCUGAUUACUUACACAAUCAGUCGACACUCUCGUGGAGUGAAUGGCUUAAGAUAUGUAUUGGAGCGGGGCGAGGAUCAACAUCAAAGUAUCAAAAUAAGGUUGAAGUUGAUAAGCUGUCAAAGGCCAUCCCUGAUGGAAUCCCUUUCAUAAUAAGGUUGAAGUUGAUAAGCUGUCAAAGGCCAUCCCUGAUGGAAUCCCUUUCAUUCGAUUUGGUGAAGCAAAAGGACAUUGAUGCUGAUUAUUUCAGUCUCAUGCGUAAUGAAUUCGCAAGAGUCCUGGAAAAUGGAGAGAAUGCAACAAUUGAAAGGCUCCACUACAUGCCAAAGCAUGAAUUUGAAUUGAGAGCAAAGCAUGUGAACGUGGUCGAACUAGAUGUUUGCAAUUUGGAUGGGCGUCAGCAGCACUUGGCGUAUGCGUCACUACACAACAAUCUUCAUGAACAGCAAGGCAUAGUUCAAGCUCAAACCCGUAUAUCCGGCUUUAACAUGAAAUAUAAUGUUUAUAACUUUGGUGAGAUUCUGGUUGAGCUCUUGACAGGUAGAAAAAUAGUUGAUAACACAUUACCAGCAGGACAGCGUCACCUUGUGUCGUGGAUGGCUCAAGUUGCUCAAUGGUGCCUUCGGAAUGAACUUUAUGAUCGUCCAAAUAUGAGUGAAGUUGUAAGACAACUCGAGCUGUGCCUUCCUGGAAAAAAACCACAACUGAUACGCCCCAAACACCACAAAGCCCAACAGUAG